UGUGUCCAGAUAUGAUACAACACUGAGCUGUCAUCUUAAUGAGUCCAGAUAUGAUACAACACUGAGCUGUCAUCUUAAUGUGUCCAGAUAUGAUACAACACUGAGCUGUCAUCUUAAUGUGUCCAGAUAUGAUACAACACUGAGCUGUCAUCUUAAUGUGUCCAGAUAUGAUACAACACUGAGCUGUCAUCUUAAUGUGUCCAGAUAUGAUACAACACUGAGCUGUCAUCUUAAUGUGUCCAGAUAUGAUACAACACUGAGCUGUUAUCUUAAUGUGUCCAGAUAUGAUACAACACUGAGCUGUCAUCUUAAUGUGUCCAGAUAUGAUACAACACUGAGCUGUCAUCUUAAUGUGUCCAGAUAUGAUACAACACUGAGCUGUCAUCUUAAUGUGUCCAGAUAUGAUACAACACUGAGCUGUCAUCUUAAUGUGUCCAGAUAUGAUACAACACUGAGCUGUCAUCUUAAUGUGUCCAGAUUUUUUAAGCGUUUGAAGGCCUGAUCCCCAACCAGAAGGUCUGAAGACAAUAGGUUGUUAAAACCUGGCAUAAAACACAUGAUGCAGCAGCUGUUCUACGAGAACUACGAGCCCAACAAGAAGGGAUACAUCCGCGACCUCCACAAUAGCAAGAUCCACCGGGCCAUCACCCUGCACCCCAACAAGAACCCGCCCUACCAGUACCGCCUGCACAGCUACAUGCUCAGCCGCAAGAUCGCCCAGCUCCGCCACCGCACCGUCCAGCUCCACCGUGAGAUCGUCCAGAUGUGCCGCUACGGGGCGGCCGAGCCCAGCCGAGAGGACCUGCAGCUGGGCAUGCCUCCAUCCUUCAUGAGGUUCCACCCUCGGCUCCGCGAGGAGGUCCUGGAGUGGGAGUUCCUGACGGGCAAGUACCUGUUCUCCUCGUCUGACGGCCAACCCCGCCGGGGAAUGGACUCCUCCCAGCAUCUGGCCCUGGAUGACAUCAUCAUGCAGGUGAUGGAGAUGAUUAACGCCAACGCCAAGACGCGGGGACGAGUGAUCGACUUCAAGGAGAUCCAGUACGGCUACCGGCGGGUCAACCCCAUGUACGGGGCGGAGUACGUGCUGGACCUGUUGCUCCUCUACAAGAAGCACAAAGGGAAGACCAUGACGGUGCCGGUGAGGAGACAUGCCUACCUCCAGCAGACCUUCAGCCAGAUCCAGUUCAGAGAGGAAGAGGAGAUGGACGACAAGGCUCUCGCCAGCAGCAUCAACCAGGACUCUGACUCCCUGUCCUUCCUCUCCAACUCCCUCAAGAUGUUUGUGCCCUUCAAGCUGUCCAGCUCUAGCCAGGACCAGAAGGAGCCGAAAGAGCCUAAGGUCAACAUACUGGUGCCGCUAUCCGGACGCUACGACAUCUUUGUCCGCUUCAUGACCAAUUUAGAACGGGUGUGCCUGAUCCCCAACCAGAACGUCAAGCUGCUCAUCCUCCUCUUCAGCACCGACAACAACACAGAGCGGGUCAAGCAGGUGGAGCUGAUGAGGGAGUACCACAUCAAGUACCCCCGUGCCGAGAUGGAGAUCCAGCCCGUGUCGGGCUCCUUCUCCCGGGCCUUGGCUCUGGAGGUGGGCUCGGCCCACUUCUCCAACGACUCACUGCUCUUCUACUGCGACGUGGACCUGCUCUUCACAACAGACUUCCUCAAGAGGUGCCGGAGUAACACGGUCCUGGGGGAGCAGACCUACUUCCCCAUCAUCUUCAGUCAGUACGACCCCAAGGUGGUUUACGCCGGUAAGGUGCCCAGUGAGAACCACUAUGUGUUCACCGCCAAGACGGGUCUGUGGCGUCACUACGGCUUCGGCAUCGUCUGUGUUUACAAGGGCGACCUGGUCGGGGCCGGGGGCUUCGACACCUCCAUCCAAGGGUGGGGUUUGGAGGACGUGGACCUCUUUAACAAGUUUGUCCAAUCAGGGAUCCGGUUGUUCCGGAGCACGGACCCGGGGAUCAUACACGUUCACCAUCCAGUAGUGUGCGACCCCAACCUGGAGCCCAACCAGUACAAGAUGUGCCUGGGCUCCAAAGCCUCGUCGCACGGCUCGACACAGCAGCUGGCUGAACUGUGGCUCGAGAAGAAUGACCACGGCUUCCGGAAGGUCGGGAGCUCAAAUAACGAAUCCCUCAGGACAGCGUGAAAAAGCACUCCGGCCAGGACUGACAAAAGCAGUAUGUGGAGUCCCCCAGGCCUGGGUGUCUUUCCCUCUUCCCAUUUGUCUUAGCAGCAUUUUUAACUACCUAAUUUAUUUUUUACAGAAACAAAAAAGACUUGGAUAUAUUUUGGAAAUCUGCUUUUUUUUAAAGAAAACACGUGAACGUUGAACUGACUGAGACAAACGUGACUGUAGAAGAUGUUUUCAUUAAUGCUGAAAAAUAAAGCAUCUCGAUGAGGAAUAUUCCUUUGGAUGAGCCUUCCAUAACCCUGGACGCAAGAACAAUGUGCUCUGAUGUCUUAUUCUACCAGUCUAGUAAUAAAGACCAUUCUGUGUUAUUUGUACAGUAACCUUGUCUCAAGGUUGUUGCACAUAUAAGCCUGGGAUUUGAACAAUUCAAAGUUUGCCUUAGUGGGAGUGACCAUAGAAUUAUAUGGCAGUGACCUACUGAGUCAAGUACCUGUCAUCAUUUAAUUUGAGCAAAUCACACGACUGUGAGGCGUGUUAUGGGAGAUGAUUGGUUGGUAGAUUAAGCCAAUGCGCCAGGAGUUUCUCACAGUCAUUCUGUAUUGACUAACGAAGGCCAAGUUUGAUGCGUUGGUCCACCAGACUCUUCCCAUUUGGGCGAAAGUGUCUGGGAACUACAUGAUCUAUAAAGAGAGUAUGGGGGGGAUGUGGUGAUAUUCGGGGUUAUAUUAUGUGUACCUCAGUGAUGUGCAUGUACAAGCUCUUUAAAAGGUGUAGCGUUUGUCUUGUGCGUGGAGAACAUGGGUGUUGUCAUCUUCACAGACCAGCAGUGCUCUAAAUGGAACUGUACUCUUGAUUGUGAAUGUUUACAGGAGGUUGAUAUGAACAAACAUUUCAUCAUUGAAGAAGGUUGACUUAGAUGAAAAGCAUUUGAAUUAAGACUAAAGGACCAUUUUGAUUCCUUUUGAUUUGUUUAUAAUACAGAAUAACACUGUUGUUUUUUUUUCAAUUGAUUUUAGAUUUUCUUUUUAUUUACUUCUGUGAACACAACUGCUGGAUUUAAUAUCUGCAAUUCAUCCUCCGCUGUCUAAUUUAUUGAAUUUGCAGUCUCCAUUCUGUGUUACCUGACUGUUGGAAUAUGUAUAUUAGAAACAUUGUAUACCCAUCUGUUGUUGGAUUGUUGUUCUUCCACUUUCUUCUUGUUUCUCUCUCAAACUCAUCUGAUUACCAAAGAGUUUUUGCACAGUGUGUUUUAGGUGUUGUGUGUCAUGUUGUUUUCUAGGAGGUGCAGGCACAAACAUGACAUGUCCCGUAGAUGAAGAGGUAUAGUGAGUGAGGAAGCACCGUCCUGUCUCCAGCUCUUUGCUCUCAUGAGGAAUCUAAGGCCUCUAUCAAACUAGUCAUCCAGAUUUAGGAACAAAGGAAGGGGAACGUCAGGGAAUGCUGUGCUCCUUCAUAGAACUGGAAGGAAUUCUAAAUCAUUUUAGAACCCUUGGAGUGAAUUCCAGAACCUUCUCAGCACCCACUGGUACAAUGAAUUAGAAUAGAACUCUUAGAAUGAAAUCUGAUUUUAUACUGAACAAAAAUAUAAAUGCAACAAUUUCAAAGAUUUUACUGAGUUACAAUUCAUAUGAAGGAAUCAGUCAAUUUAAAUUAAUUAAUGAAUCUACGGAUUUCACAUGACUGGGAAUAUAGAUCUGUUGGUCAAAGACACCUUAAAAGAAAUGGGCCUCACAAUGGUCCUCAGGAUCUCGCCACGGUAUUUCUGUGCAUUCAAAUUGCCAUCAAUAAAAUGCAAUUGUGUUUGUUGUCCGUAGCUUAUGCCUGUCCAUACCAUAAUCCCAUCGCCACCAUGGGGCACUCAGUUCAUAAUGUUGACAUCAGCAAACCGCUCACACACAUGAUGCCAUACAAGUGGUCUGCGGUUGUGAGGCCGGUUUGACGUACUGCCAAAUUCUCUAAAAUUAUGUUGGAAUCGGCUUAUGGCAACAGUCAGCAUGCCAACUGCAUGUUCCCCAAAACUUAGGAUAUCUGUACGCAUUGUGUUGUGUGACAAACUGCACAUUUUAGAGUGGCCUUUUAUUGUCCCCAGCACAAGGUACACAUGUGUAAUGAUCCUGCUGUUUAAUCAGCUUCUUGACAUGCCACACCUGUCAGGUGGAUGGAUUAUCUGGAAAAGGAGAAAUGCUCACUAACAGGGAAGUAACCUUUUUGUGAGUAUGGAACAUUUCUGGGAUAUUUUAUUUCAGUUCAUGAAACAUGGAACCAACACUUUACAUGUUGCGUUUCUAUUUCUGUUCAGUGUAGAACUCUGAGAAUGAAUUAUAAUUCUAUGAAUUAUCUGGUCCCUGUCCAUAUAGCUGUCUAUUUAGGAGAAUGUCUUCUGUGCAGCAGCACUCCCCUGGUUUAAAGGUCUCCUCUACUCCACACAGUCUUUAAGCCCAAGAGAAGACGGGGUCAGCUACACUCUAUCAUAAUGGUCUUGGUUUUCUGGGGAUUUUUAAUAUUUCUGUUGUUCAUUCAGCCCUGUCCAACUGGGAAAGGUUUUAUAUUUAAGAAAUAAAAUGAAAAAUGUUUAUCAAAAAUG